AAAAGACUGAUUAUUAUUUUAUUUUAUUCUAAUGGGAACUCAACAUUCUUCACCUAUAAAAUUUGACUGUGUAGCCUGCUAAUCGAAUGACAAUGAAUUUGCAGUAACAAGAAAUAUAAUCUGAUAGAGUGUUGAUUGGAAAAAACAACUAUACAGAGAUUGUGAAUCAAUAAAAGAUCGGAGUAAAUGGGCAAAAUAUUUUUUAUCAUAAGUUUAUAGUGGAUUAAAAUCACAGCCUAUAGAAGGAUAUAUUAUAUAAUUUUAAUCAGCUCAUUAAUAGUAUAAGAGUAAGAAAUCUGAAUUAUUAUUUUAGGUUAGUUUCUAAAAAAUUCCCGAAAAAGUCAAAGUUAUUCUAAUAAUCUAAAUUAAUCAAUUAAAUAGAGUUCAGACAACUCUAUAAAGCAACUUAUUUAUAAUACGGAUUUAACAAUAUAAUAACUAGAAGUUUAGACUAAUACCAUAAUAAAUAGAUAAGAAGCAUCUGUGUCAUUAUAAGUAAUUGAAAAGAAAAAAAUAAGUGAGAGUUUUGACAAAGAAGACAGGUUAUUAAUGUCUCAACUAAUAUAUUAUGUGGAUAUAAUUAAAUUGUUAAAGCAACAAAUCAGUAAUUAGGAUCAUUAACUUUAUGUUAUACUACAAUUUUUUAUUGAUUCAUUUAAAAGAUAAUAUAAUAUGGAUCGUUGUUCUAAGUAAUUAGAUAGUGCUGUUACAGACUUAAAAGAGUUUUCAAGAGUGUUUUAAUAGUGUAUUUAAAACUAUUAUUAAUAUGAAAAAACACAAAUGUCAACAGGACCUGUUACAGAUUUAUUUAAUCGAGAUAAUAUGCUAACUGCUAUUUAUUCUAUGCUUUUUCAUAAGGAUAUUAUCUAUUAGAUAAUAUAUGAUAUGAUAAUGGAGUGGCUUAGAAAAGAUGUUGAUAUGUUAAAAACUGCAAUAGAAAACUGUUAUAAUCAUGAGAUCGACUUUUAUGAUAUUAAUGUAAAAUAUAGACUUAAUAAAUCUACACAUUCAUAUUUACUAAAAAAAUAUUCAAAUUGUGAAAUUAAUUAUAGAGAAGGAAUUCCUUAUUAAAAAUGCUUCAAGCUGUUAUCCUAAAUUAAAGAAAAAUAAUCUCCUUAAUAAAAACUUAAAGCAUUAAUCUAUUGUCUUGAGAAGGUUAUUAAAUAGAUUAAGCAAUUCUAUAAUACAUAUGGUUGCGAAUACGAUUUUCAGAUUGAAUCAGCUGAUCUUAUCUCAAUAUAUAUGUACAUAAUAAUCAAAUCACAGCUUUUUGAUUUAUAAGUUCAUCUGUAUUUCAUUGAACAUUUUAUUAAUACCAAUCAAAUUAAUUAUGGCCCAUAUGGCUAUUACUUAACUUCAAUACAUGCAGCCAUAAAAAUGAUUUUAUUAUAAUUACAUUGA